AUGCGUUUCUCCAGCUUUGUUGCCCACAUCCUUGUGUGCAUUGCCUUGCCCUCUCACGCCCUCAACAUUCUCCUCAGCAACGACGACGGCUUCGGCUCCGGUAACCUGCGCGAAUUGUAUCGUCUACUGAAGGAAGACGACCACGAUGUGUGGAUCGUUGCACCCGCCACAAAACAAAGUGGCCAAGGAGGACGAUCCGACUUCACCACUGAGGGCAAUCUCACGGCACCUUCUCAGUACGAUCUCAUCCCAGCGGGAGCUCCGUCAGUUGGCAGUGACCCCCACGAUAGCCACAUCUGGUAUUAUAAUGGAACGCCUGCAGCCUGCGUCUUUGUCGCCCUGGACUAUGUCCUCCCCAGAUUUGCUGAUUUCAAAGUCCCUGAUCUUGUUCUAACUGGACCCAAUUACGGAACAAAUUUGGGCCCCUUUGUCUGGACGCUUUCAGGAACAGCCGGUGCUGCUUACGCUGCGACACAUCGCAGUAUUCCGGCCAUCUCUCUAUCAGCUAGUAAUGACGAGACUCCAUACUUCGAAAUCCACAACAAAACAAACCCGGCAACAUGGGCUGCGGAAGUGAGCAUCAAGGCUGUGAAAGCGUUGAUUGCAGGUGUCCCCCAAGGAUCCCCGAUAUUCCCAUUGGGCUACGGCGCCAAUGUCAACAUACCCCCCUUGACAGCUGAUCACUCGAAGAUUGAUUUCGUCCAGACUCGUAUGACGGGCAACGCCCAUGUAAACGAGGCUGUUCUGGAUCCGUCAAAGGGUAUUUUCACCUGGGAGAACAUUGUACCUUAUGCGGCUGGCGUCAAUGCCUGCGUCAACGGCGACUGCUCGCUUCCUGGAGAGACAUACGUUGUUGAAAACGGCGGCGUUUCCAUAUCUUUCUACAUUGUAGAUUACACUUCCCCGUCUACCUGGAGUACGAAGAGCCUUAUGAACAGGAUACGGCCUCUCAUUAACUCCAAAUAG